GAGGAUUGGCGGGGCGAGAGACGGAGAAACCCAGGGUAGCAGGACAAGGGGAAGGGGAGGGGUGCCCGGGAACCUGGGGCCCUUGGAUGGAGAGGGGAAUGAAGCCGCCAGGUUUGGAACAAACAGGGAAGGGAGAGGACGGCAGUGAGGAGGGGCGCCUAGGAGGAGAGUGGAUCCGGGACCCAGGGAGGGCCGCCCCCCGGGCCUGGUGGCGCUGAGCAGGGCCCCCCAGCCCCCACCUCCUGCCCCACGACAUGAACCUCCUCUACCGAAAAACCAAGCUGGAGUGGAGGCAGCACAAGGAGGAGGAGGCCAAGAGGAGCUCCAGUAAGGAGGUGGCCCCUUCAGGCUCCGCAGGGCCCGGGGCCGGCCCAGGGCCUGGGGUCCGCGUGCGGGACAUCGCCUCGCUGCGCCGCUCCCUCAGGAUGGGCUUCAUGACAAUGCCAGCCUCCCAGGAGCACACCCCCCACCCCUGCCGCAGCGCCAUGGCCCCACGCUCACUCUCUUGCCAUUCAGUGGGCAGCAUGGACAGUGUUGGGGCUGGGCCUGGGGGGGGAGGUGGGGGUCUCACAGAGGACAGCAGUGCCCGAAGACCCCCUGCCAAGCCCCGGAGACAUCCUAGCACCAAGCUCAGCAUGGCAGGGUCGGGGGCAGACAUGCCCCCAGGCAAGAAAGCAGGCUCACAGAAGCCAACCCCAGAGGGCCGAGAGUCCAGCCGGAAGGUUCCUCCGCAGAAGCCCAGGCGAAGCCCCAACACUCAGCUCUCUGUCUCCUUUGAUGAGUCCUGCCCCCCAGCUCCCUCUCCUCGAGGGGGGAAUCUGCCCCUUCAGCGCCUCAGUAGGGGGUCCUGCGUAGCUGGGGACCCUGAGGUGGGUGCCCAGGAAGAGGAGCCCGUGUACAUUGAGAUGGUGGGGGAUGUCUUCAGGGGAGGAGGGCGAAGUGGAGGGGGCCUGACUGGGCCCCCUCUUGGGGGUAGAGGCCCGACCCCUCCAGCUGGUGCCGACUCGGACUCGGAGGAGAGCGAGGCUAUAUACGAGGAGAUGAAGUACCCACUGCCCGAGGAGGCAGGGGAAGGCCGGGCCAAUGGGGCCCCUCCAUUGACCGCAACCUCCUCGCCACACCAGCCUCAGGCCCUGCAGCCCCACACCCACCGCCGGCCAGCUUCAGCCCUCCCAAGCCGGAGGGAUGGGACACCUACCAAGACCACUCCUUGUGAAAUCCCCCCACCCUUCCCCAACCUUCUCCAACACCGUCCUCCGCUCCUGGCCUUCCCCCAAGCCAAGCCUGCUUCCCGAACCCCUGGCGAUGGGGUCUCAAGGCUACCGGUCCUCUGCCACUCGAAGGAGCCAGCGGGCUCCACCCCAGCUCCCCAAGUGCCUGCCCGGGAGCGGGAGACGCCUCCCCCGCCGCCUCCGCCUCCUGCUGCCAACCUGCUGCUGCUGGGACCCUCAGGCCGGGCCCGGAGCCACUCAACACCGUUGCCGCCCCAGGGCUCUGGCCAGCCCCGGGGGGAGCGGGAGCUCCCCAACUCCCACAGCAUGAUCUGCCCCAAGGCGGCAGGGGCGCCGGCAGCCCCUCCUGCCCCAGCCGCCUUGCUCCCUGGCCCCCCCAAGGACAAGGCUGUGUCUUACACCAUGGUGUACUCAGCGGUCAAGGUGACCACGCACUCCGUCCUGCCAGCUGGUCCGCCCCUGGGUGCUGGGGAGCCAAAGACGGAGAAGGAGAUCUCAGUCCUCCAUGGGAUGCUGUGCACCAGCUCGAGGCCCCCAGUGCCUGGGAAGUCCAGCCCCCACAGCGGGGCCAUGGGCGCAGCAGCUGGGGUCCUCCACCAUCGUGGCUGCCUGGCCUCCCCGCACAGCCUUCCGGACCCAACCGCAGGCCCCCUGACUCCCCUCUGGACCUACCCAGCUGCAGCAGCUGGGCUCAAGAGACCCCCUGCCUAUGAGAGCCUCAAGGCUGGGGGGGUGCUGAAUAAGGGCUGUGGAAUGGGGGCCCCAUCCCCCAUGGUCAAGAUCCAGCUUCAGGAGCAAGGGACCGAUGGGGGUGCCUUUGCCAGCAUCUCCUGCGCCCAUGUCAUCGCCAGUGCAGGGACACCAGAGGAGGAAGAAGAGGAGAUGGGCGCCACGACAUUUGGGGCAGGCUGGGCUCUACAGAGGAAGGUCCUGUAUGGAGGGAGGAAGGCAAAAGAGCUGGACACAGAGAUCGAGGAUGGUGCCCGGGCCUGGAACGGCAGUGCCGAGGGUCCAGGCAAGGUGGAGCGUGAGGACAGGGGCCCUAUGGCAUCAGGGAUCCCGGUGAGGAGUCAGGGGGCAGAGGGCCUGCUGGCCAGGAUCCACCACGGAGGGGACCGAGGAGGGAGCCGCACGGCGCUGCCCAUACCCUGCCAGACGUUUCCUGCCUGCCACCGCAAUGGAGACUUCACAGGAGGCUACCGCCUGGGGCGCUCCGCCUCCACCUCUGGAGUCCGGCAGGCCGCGCUCCACACACCCCGGCCCUGCAGCCAGCCUAGGGAUGCCCCAAGCCAGACCCACCCCGCGCUGCCGCUGCCGCUGCCCCUACCGCCUCAGCCUGCCCGUGAGCGCGAUGGCAAGCUGCUGGAGGUGAUAGAGCGCAAGCGCUGCGUGUGCAAGGAGAUCAAGGCCCGCCACCGCCCCGACCGAGGCCUCUGCAAGCAGGAGAGCAUGCCCAUCCUCCCCAGCUGGCGGCGGGGACCCGAGCCCCGCAAGUCCGGCACCCCACCCUGCCGCCGGCAGCACACGGUCCUCUGGGACACUGCCAUCUGAGGAGGCCGGGAGGCCGGGGCACCGGACUGGGGAGCGGGGCGGGGGUGCCAGAGACUUGCCUUGAAAGAGGGACACUUGAAGGACCAGGUGAGAGAAAGCCAGGGAGAACCCCUGCCUUCCACCCUAACCCCCGGAGACGGGGAGUGCGCCAGGCCCACCGGGCUUGGGGCGCCAGCCGCGCCCCCUGAGAUUUGGGGGAGGAGGGUUUGUUUGAGGUUGGAAGUGAGGGCCUCCGCUGCUCUCCCGGCUGGGCGAGGUAGACUCCUCCUCCUGAGAGGGCAAAGGCCAAGCCAGAAGUCAGCGUGGGGGAGGAGGGAAGGGAAGGGAGGAAGGAGGGCGGGUCAAGUGAAGGACGGGGCUAGAGUGUGAGGUAGAGGGGCUCUUUUAUAAGAGCCGGGAGUGGGGAGGGGGUAUUUAUUUCAUUAUUUAUUUUAGUUGGGAGGGCAAUUCUGGGCCCUUCUGACCUACUCCUGGGCAGGGAGCAGACAAUGGUGGGCAAUUAAAGGGAACCAAGUUGGCGCUCUCCCCAAUGCCUGAAGGCCCCACCAUCCGCGCCCACCCCCAAGCUGGGGAUCAGUCUGGAGUGGGGAGCCCAGUGAGAGAAGGGAGGGAGGGGCUCCGGUGAGCUGAGGGCCGCAGACUCAUUACAGUACUUACCAAUGGCCAGAAUUUGGUAGUGAGUGUGGCCUGCUGUGAAACAGGCAUCUUAUUUAGCUCUGGGGUGAGGGUCUAGCACCAGGGAUGGGCGGGAUGAUGGGGAAGGAGGGACAUUUUAGCGGGUGGGGGGUGGGUAGGGUAUUUAUUUAAAUUUUAAAAAAUCAGAAGAGAUGUCAGGAACUUUUUUUUAAUUCCUUUCUUUUCAGAAUAAUAUAUUAAAAGACUAACGAUCC